GACCUUCAGAGCUGACCCGGGAAGUCACUGGUUCCUGCAAAAGAUUGAGGACCUAAGGGGGUGCUACAUCCCAGUGGGACAGUUUCCAGUCUUUCCCUAGAGAUUUAAGAUGUGGUGGACGCUGAUGCUGCAACUGCUGCAGCUCCUGCUUCAACUGCAAAUGGUGCAGAGUCACAGCCUGGAGGGACUUUCCCAGGGCCAGAUCCCUCUCUUCCGACUCACUCAGCUGGGAGUCUGGGACAGCCACGACCGCCGCCCCAACGACUCUUCCUGCGAGGGGCUCCCCGCCGCGGGAGCCACCACCCUGAACCUAGCGAACCGCAGCCUGGAGCGCCUGCCUAGCUGCCUGCCGCGCACGCUGCGCAUCCUCGACGGUAGCCACAACCUGCUGCACGCUCUUAGCGAACCUGUGCUCCGCCGCCUACCCGAGCUGAGCGUGCUCACGCUGCACCACAACCGCAUCUCCGUUCUGCACUGGGACGGCAGCACACCGGCCGGGCUGCUUGAGCUCGACCUCAGCCACAACCUGCUGGCCGAGCUGCCGCCCUGCGCCGGGCUUUCGAGGAGCAGCCUGAGCUCGCUGUCGCUAGCCGGGAACCCACUGCAGGCGCUGCAGCCACGGACCUUCGCAUGCUUCCCAGAGCUGCAGUUUCUCAACCUCUCCUGCAGCAAGCUGGGCCACAUCGCCCAGGAGGCGUUCGCGGGGGUGGACGGUGGGCCCCUGGCGGCGCUAGAGCUCUUGGACCUGAGUGGCACGAACCUGGAAAGAGUUGAGUCUGAGUGGAUCAGAAACCUGCCAAAGCUCAAAUCCCUCUACCUGAGAAAGAUGCCCAGGCUGAAGACACUGGAGGGAGACAUUUUCAAGAUGACUCCCAACCUGAGGCUGCUGGAUUGUCAAGAAUCCCCAGCGCUUACUUCUGUCCACACGGAGAUCUUUCAAGACACACCCAACCUGCAGGUCCUUCAGCUCCAGAAUUGCAGCUUGAGCUCCUUUGGUCCUUGGACUGUGAAUUCCUCCCAGGUCUUGUUGGUCAGCCUCUUUGGCAACCCUCUCAUUUGCAGCUGUGGGCUGGCUUGGCUUCUCGUGGAUGCAAGCAAAAUUGUCUUGCACAGGGCAGCGGAUACCACAUGUGAGCCUGCUUUAGGAUCCAAGGGCCCCUUCUCAGGACCUCUCCCCCUCUCCCACCUGACUAAUGUGUGCAGGUCAGACCAAAACACCACCCUCCUGGCUUCAAACCCACCCCACGUCCAUCACUCAGUUUCUGCACCACGGACACAGGAGCCUUCCAUUGGACAGAGCAGGGCCCUGUCUGCUCAGCCCGAAGGACGCCAACAAAAUAUCACCAAAGUCCCCUCCCUCACCAGGGCUCCACCCACACAAGGAUCAGGGACCUACAGAGAUACUUCAGAGGAAACCGCCCAGUCUACCACUAACUCUGAGGUAGUUUACAGUCCCUCCAGGCCUCUGCCUGGCACGGCCAGUUCAGGGGCAGAGCAGACUGACACAUAUAUCCUUGAGCCCAGUAUCUCAUCUGCCUCUACCCCAUUGGUCAGCAAAUACCUUGAACCCUUGCCUACUUCACCGAAUCCCAGGAGCAUAUCUCAGAUCAACCAGAGGACCCAAGCUAACCCCAAGGCUUUCCACACAGAUCCUCCACAGGAUGAGAUUCCAGUUUUGCUCUUAGACGAUGACAGCGAGGAGACGACGACUCAGGACCAGGUGGCAGCACCUCGCCAGGACGUCUCUUGCGAUUACCACCCCUGCAGGCAUCUGCAGACCCCAUGUGCAGAGCUGCAGAGGCGCCUCAGAUGCCGCUGCCCUGGUCUCAGUGGACAGGAUACCAUUCCAGACCCUCCCAAGCUGCAGGGGGUGUCGGAGAUGACUGACACGUCAGUGCUCGUCCACUGGUGUGCCCCCAACUCAGUGGUGCUCUGGUAUCAGAUCCAUUACUUGGCAGAAGGAGGGCCUGGGAACCAAUCAGUAACGGACAUCUAUGCUACUGCCCGACAGUACCCCCUGUACCAGCUGUCACCAGGCACCACCUACCAUGUGUGUGUACUGGCAGCCAACAGGGCCGGCCUGAGCCAGCUGCAGACCUCGGGCUGGAGUAGGUCAUGUGCCACCUUCACAACCAAGCCCAGCUCCGUGGUCAUCUUCUGGGGACUGUGCACUGCCAGUGGUCUGUUACUGGUUAGCACCCUGGUGCUGUCUGUGUGUCUCUGGAGGCAGCGCUGGAAGCCACACAGGCAGUUCCAUGGCACGCACCUGGUGGCCUUCAAGAACCCAGCCAGGUCUGAAGAAGUAACUCAGUGGUAGUGACUUCCUGGCCUGUACAAGGCCUUGGGUUUAUCAGCAGCGUUCGUUGGAGGCCUUGCGUUUAUUUCCAGCAAUCAGAGUAAACAAACCAUCAGCCUUUGACCACCUGUGGAGGCUCCAGAACUUAAAUUAUCCCAGCGUGUCUCACUCAAAGCACAUCUGCCUGCA